AUGCCACAGCACAGUCAUUCACCAUGCCACAGCACAGUCAUUCACCAUGCCACAGCACAGUCAUCCACCAUGCCACAGCACAGUCAUUCACCAUGCCACAGCACAGUCAUUCACCAUGCCACAGCACAGUCAUUCACCAUGCCACAGCACAGUCAUUCACCAUGCCACAUCACAGUCAUUCAUCAUGCCACAUCACAGUCAUUCACCAUGCCACAGCAGAGUCAUUCACCAUGCCACAGCACAGUCAUUCACCAUGCCACAGCACAGUCAUUCACCAUGCCACAGCACAGUCAUUCACCAUGCCACAGCACAGUCAUUCACCAUGCCACAGCACAGUCAUUCACCAUGCCACAGCACAGUCAUUCACCAUGCCACAUCACAGUCAUUCACCAUGCCACAUCACAAUCAUUCACCAUGCCACAGCACAGUCAUUCACCAUGCCACAUCACAGUCAUUCACCAUGCCACAGCACAGUCAUUCACCAUGCCACAGCACAGUCAUUCACCAUGCCACAUCACAGUCAUUCACCAUGCCACAGCAGAGUCAUUCACCAUGCCACAGCACAGUCAUUCACCAUGCCACAGCACAGUCAUUCACCAUGCCGCAGCACAGUCAUUCACCAUGCCACAGCACAGUCAUUCACCAUGCCACAGCACAGUCAUUCACCAUGCCACAGCACAGUCAUUCACCAUGCCACAGCACAGUCAUUCAUCAUGCCACAGCACAGUCAUUCACCAUGCCACAGCACAGUCAUUCACCAUGCCACAGCACAUUCAUUCACCAUGCCACAGCACAGUCAUUCACCAUGCCACAGCACAGUCAUUCACCAUGCCACAGCACAGUCCAGGAGGGGGCAUGGCCAUUCACUAUGCCGCUCGUAAGAAGCUCGAUGCCAUGGUGAAGCUGCUCCUGGACCAUGGAGCGGAUCCCCUUUUCCCCAACGAUGAUAGAAAAACCGCUCUCGACCUGGCGAGAGAGAGAAAUGAAACUUCUGUCGUCAGACUCAUAGAGGUGAGGUUGCCCCAUCAGAGCCGGGUGGCAUUGUUCGAAGGCUAUGUGCGCCAGCAGACCCUCUCGGCGCCGUCGCUAGUGAAAGAAUUUAGAAUCUGGGUGGCAGUGCUUCCAGGGCCCACCAUGAGUGACGGACGCCAGACAUUCCGCCUCGCUCUCUACCGAUCCAUGGCUUUUGGAGCGCCCUAUUCCAACAUAGCACUGCCUGUGCCUUUGAGGCGCCUCCUGAGAGUUCCCCAACCCCGCCUUCCCCCCUCCAAACCCGCCCACAACCCCUUGCAAUUAAGAGCACUCUAUUUCGACAUAGCACUGCACUUUGGCGCGCCCUAUUUCAACAUAGCACUACACGUGUGCCGCAUUCACAUGACCAAGCUGGACUCCGCCAACCCUUCGACUCAAAAGCUCACCCGACCCCUCCCAGAUAUUGCGCCUGCACUACGCCUGCCGAGGAACGCCACGGGUGAUUCCUCUCUUCCCUCUCCCCCUUCUAUCCCCUCAUUCUUCCCUCCUAACAAUCCUUCCUCCUCUCACUCUUCCUUUUUUUCUCACUCGUCCCUCAUCUCUCAUGCUACCCUCCCUCUCACUCUUUCCACCCUCCCACUCUUUCCACCCUCUCACUCUUUCCACCCUCUCACUCUUCCACCCUCUCACACUUUCCUCAUUUUCACUCUUUCCUGCCUGUCACUCUUUCCACCCUCUCACUCUUCCCUCCCUCUCACUCCUUUCCCCUUCUCACUCUUUCCUCCCUCUCACUCUUACCAUCCUCUCACUCUUCCCUCCCUCUCACUCUUCCCUCCCUCUUACUCUUCCCUCCCUCUUACUCUUCCCUCCCUCUCACUCCUUUCCCCUUCUCACACUCACUCCUCCCUCCCUCUCACUCUUCCCUCCCUCUCACUCUUCCCUCCCUCUCACUCUUCCCUCCCUCUCACUCCUCCCUCCCUCUCACUCCUCCCUCCCUCUCACUCUUCCCUCCCUCUCACUCUUCCCUCCCUCUCAAUCUUACCUCCCUCUCACUCUUUCCUCCCUCUCUCUCUUUCCUCCCUCCCACUCUUUCCUCCUGUCUCUCCUCACUCUUCUUCUGCAUGCUCCGUAGAGGGGGGAGGGGCGUCAGGAUCAGGGAGAGGGGGUCAGCAAAGCGGAGAGGAAUUCAGGCGCGUGGUGAACGUGCACGCAUGGCAGGAUGACGUGGACGAGGACACGGCGUUCCAGCUGGCGCUCUCUGAGUCGAUGCGCACCGCCAGCAUUGCCAGCUCUGCCCGAGCCGAUGCCCCUGGUGCUUCUGGUUCCACUUCCACUGCUGCCCAGGGCAUGAGCAGAGGGGAGGAAGGAGCAGACGGCUUUAUUCUCACCUAUUCCUCCUCCGAGCCCCAGCCCAGAUCUGGCCGCUCCCUCUCCUCCUCCUCUUCUGCUGCGGCUGCGGCCACCGACUCAUUCACUGCGUUGCAUCGUUCUUCCAGGUCCGUUUCAGCCUCUGCUGACCGCCACCCGUUUGUCCCACCUGCUGCCCCCAUCCCCUCUUCCUCCGCUGCUGCUGGCACUUCUUCUGGCAUUGCCGCUGGUCCUGCUGCUGGCACUGCAGCUGGUUCAGCCAGUACAGCCGGAACAGCUGGCUUUGCUGCAGCAGGGGCGGAAGGGGGUCGAAUGCGCGACGAGAUUGCGAAUCAGUUCUCCUCUGUGGCACCGGCGCUCAACCGAGCACCAGCAGCAGCCGUGUCGUUGCUCUUUGCCUCCGGCCCAUCGUCAGCACCCCCAGUGGACGCUCCUGCUUCCGCAGCAGUAGGACCACAUUCGUCAACGCCAGCAGCCCCGGCAGCAGCACCAGCAGGAGCAGGAGCAGGAACAGGAGCAGGAGUAGGAGCAGGAGAAGAAGUAGGAGCAGCAGCAACAGGAGCAGAAGUAGGAGCAGAGGCAAAGGCAGGAGUAGCAACAACAGGAGGGGCACCAUCAUCAUCAUCAUCAGCAGCAGCAGCAGCAGCAGCAGCAGCAGCAGCAGCAGCAGCAGCAGCAGCAGCAGGGGCGUCUAAAGAGGGUCGGUGUGUGAUUUGUUGGGACUCAGCAGCGCUUUCAGUGUGUGUGCCCUGCGGGCAUGUGGCGGGGUGUGUGGAGUGUCUCACUGAGCGCCUGGACGUGCCCAUCUUCAUGCGCUUCAGACUCGCCAACAUCCACCACUUCAUCUCCUUCCUGCACGGCGUAAGGCUACGAGACGCAGGGAGGGGAGCGAGAUACGCAGGUGUCUGGGGGCAGAAGCAGUGCGUGGCGAUCGCGCGCGCGAUUCUGCGGAAUCCGCGGGUGUUGCUGCUGGACGAGGCGACGUCGGCUUUGGACGCGGAGAGCGAGCAGGCGGUGCAGGCUGCGCUCAAUGCGCUCAUGGGCGCGCGCACCACGCUCGUCGUCGCCCACCGCCUCUCCGUGCGCUGCGCGCACUGCAUCGCCGUGCUGCAGCCGGGGCACGUCGUGCAGUUGGGCUCGCACGAGGCUCCAUUCACCACGGCCUUUGGCGUGCUAGGGAGCGCUGGAGCUGCGCGAGCACCAAGCAAAUCGAUUCUUCUGGCUGCUAACAACUUGAGUCGCGGCGAUGGCGCACACUUAAGCGAAAUCACUGGCGGUGAUGCUGGCGGAGAAUCAGGCGGUCGUGGCGGAGGUUCGAGCGAUCCUGGCGGGGAUCAGAGCGGUCCUGGAGGGAAACAAGCGAGAGUCUGCGCACAGCAGGGCGGACCUGACGGACAGCAGGGGGGUCUUGGCGGAGAGCAGGGGGGUUCCGGGGAACAGCAGGGGGGGGGCGGCGGACAGCAGGGGGGUGCUGGCGGGGAGCAGGGCGGUGCUGGCGGGGAGCAGGGGGGUGUUGGGGGGGAGCAGGGGCAAGGGGGUGUUGGCGGGGAUCAGGGCGGAUCUGGCGGGGUUGAGGGGGGUGCUGGCGGGGAGCACGGGGAAUUUGGCGGGAUCGCUACUCCUCAGAUUGUAGGCGGUACGGGCACAAAGAGCAAUGUCGGUGGGAAGGGGGGAAAGGGUGGGAAGGGAGGAAAGGGAGGAAAGGGAGGAAAGGGCGGCAAGGGUGGAAAAGGGGGAAAGGGUGUCAAGGGUGGAAAAAAGUGA